GACAGAGACACAGGAGGACAUAGAGGAGGAUCAGACUUUGUACCCCCCACACAUCUGCUCUUUGGAGAUGGCACACUGAUCCAGAAGAAGGAACAUAUCAUGCCUAGGAGAUCUGCCUUAAGAGCAUGACUGGCUGCAUCAAAGUGCUGUGAGAGAGAGAGAGAGAGAGAAGGAAAAUCCAACUUGAAAGUGCUCUAAAUGUUUGCCUUUCCUUGGACUGACUAAUCACCUUGUCUUAAAGUUGAAGUGAUGUUCCAGUGCUGGUGCAGGCAGGCCCUACUCGGUGUGGAAGUGGGCAUGCUGGUGGUCAUCUUGGUAGCAGGCACUGCAGGACAGAUCCAGGAGGCACGGUCCUCCUGCUACGGAGGAUUUGACCUCUACUUUGUUUUGGACAAGUCGGGCAGUGUGCAACAUCACUGGAAUGAGAUUUAUUACUUUGUUGACCAUCUAGCACACAAGUUUAUCAGUCCUCAGCUACGGAUGUCCUUCAUUGUAUUUUCAAAAGAAGGAAGGAUCCUCAUGAAACUAACUGAAGACAGAGAGCAGAUUCGGGCUGGGCUUGAAGAGCUCCGCAUGGUACAGCCAGGCGGAGACACCUACAUGCACAAAGGCUUCCAAAGAGCCAGUGAGCAAAUAUAUUAUGGGACUGGAGAUGGUUACCGGACAGCCAGUGUUAUCAUUGCCCUGACGGAUGGUGAACUGAGAGAGAAUCAGUUUGACCUAGCAGAAAGAGAGGCCAGCAGAGCUCGUCAGUUGGGUGCCUCAGUGUACUGUGUUGGAGUAAAAGACUUCAAUGAAACUCAGCUUUCAACAAUAGCUGACAGCAAGGACCAUGUCUUUCCUGUGAAUGAUGGUUUUCAGGCACUGCAAGGGGUCAUUGACUCGAUCCUGAAAAGGUCAUGCAUUGAGAUUCUCGAUGUUGAGCCCUCUAGCAUCUGUGAAGGAGAAUCCUUCCAGGUAUUGGUCAAAGGAAACGGCUUCCUUCACGCUCGGGAUGUACAGAAAGUUCUCUGUAGUUUCCGCAUCAAUGACACAGUAACUUUGAUGAAAAGACCAUUGGUGGUGAGAGACACUUAUCUGUUGUGCCCAGCUCCUGUUUUGGAAAAAGAAGGAACGUCUGCCACUCUACACGUCAGUAUUAAUAAUGGCCUGAGUUUCAUAUCAAGCUCUGUCACUAUCACUGCAGUCACUUGUUCUGAUGGAACCUUUGUGGCCGUUGCUCUGCUUAUACUCUUGCUCCUCCUCACCUUGGCACUGCUGUGGUGGUUCUGGCCUCUCUGCUGCACCGUGGUCAUUCAUGAGCCCCCACCUACAGUGAUAGAGGACAACUCUGAUGAAGAGGAGGAUGGAUAUCCCAAGAAAAGGUGGCCCACCGUGGAUGCCUCAUACUAUGGAGGCCGUGGAGUUGGGGGCAUCAAGAGAAUGGAGGUCCACUGGGGAGGUAAAGGUUCCACUGAGGAGGGGGCCAAGUUGGAGAAGGCUAAAAAUGCCCGUGUCGUGAUGCCUGAGCAAGAGUUUGAGCUUGCUCCCCCACGGGCUUACUACAAUGGCACACACAAAUCCAUUCACCUUCAGAAGUGGUAUUCUCCUAUCAAGGGCAAGCUGGAUGCUCUGUGUGUGCUCCUGAGGAAAGGCUACAAUAGAGUGUCUGUGAUGCGACCCCAUCCUGGAGACAAGGGCAGGUGCAUUAACUUCACCCACGGCAAAUCCUACCCUGCUCCUCGGUACCCAAUCUACAACCAUCCUUCCGCACCCAUUUACACUCUGCCUCACAGUUACAACUGCCCUCCCUCCCAGGGCAACCUCUCACUCUUGCCUCCUUCUCCAACUUCAACACUUCCCCCACUGCCAUCCACUCCACCCCCUUCCUCAACCAGCCCCCCUCCUUACACUCCACCCCCAAACAGAGCUCUGCCCCCAACUAACUUGAGCUCUGCCCCUGCCUCACCAGCCCCACCACCCUUCUGCUCUCCAACACCUCCUUCCCCAGCUGGAUCUCUCCCACCCCCUCCUCAUGGUCCACCCCCUUGUCGAGCACCUCCCCCAUCACGCCCUCCCCCACGCCCUGCUCAUUAGCACCCUAGAUGUUAAUGAAAAACAAAGUUUAGGAGUCAUGUGAUUUACAUAUAAUUAAUGGAUUUAAUUUGAAAAGAACCUUCCACUCUGCCUUUAAUUCUAUUGAAGCACUAUCAACAUUAAGGCUGAAGCUGGAGCUGCACAGUGAGAAUUUUUAACAAUUAAGUUUAUUUCCCUAACAAGUGGUAAUGAGCUCCAGUGAAGAUCCACAUUUUUCUUUACUUUUUUCUUUUUUUCUCUCUAGCAGGUAAUGUAGCAAUCUCAGCUUUGUCAAUUCAGAAUGAUAUUGGAGCUAAGCAAUUGAUCCUUAUUGAAGGAAAUUUCUUCACAUUUCUUGUAUCUAAUCCGAUGUAAAGCAUCAUGGCUGCUAUAGAGUUGUAUACACACCCAAUCUGUUGCCUGCCUGAUGUGAAUUAGAUCUUAUGAUAUGAUGCCAACUUUUCACUGCUUUGUAUAGUGAAAGACAGUAAUUAUCAGUUUAAAUAGCAGUAAAUCCAAAUCCACUGCUCACUGCCUCAUGUGUUUUAUACAUGCAAAUCUGGUCGACAUGUUCUGUCUUUGAAAAUGCAUUAUUUUGUGAAUUAAUAUUUCACUAAAUCAUUAUACACAUGUAUUGCUUGUUCAGUUUUCACAUACAAAAAGCCAUAUAAACUGGAUUUGUUUAUUCUAGGGCAAUAAUAGGCAGUACAGUAAGGAGAAGGGAAAAGGAAAGGGUGGUCCUAUUCAGGUGAGGGAUGAGUAAUCACCCCAAGUGGAACAGUUCAGGAAUCAUUGUCAUGCCUAAGCUAAGGAACCCAGGAGCUGAACACAGAGACGGGGAGGCGGGAUUGUGGUUAAAAGGUAAUUUAUUGCAGAGUUAAGUUGGUGAGGCUGGAGCUCAGAGAGUGGCCAAGAGGUUGAGUCAGGCUGAAGGAGUUCUAGAGGUGAGGCUGACAAACCUGAGACCAUGGCAGUGAAUAGAGUCGGGCUGAGGGGGGUCCAGAGAGGAACGCCAAAUAAGGUAGAUCUAGAGACAGGGUUAGAGAGAGGCUGGAGGCUCUGCAGGAAUAGGAAGAACAGGAUUAAGGUAGGCAAGGCUACAGGCGAAAACUGUAGAGUGUUAAGUGGCAGAAAGUGACUGACUGCAUAAAGAGUCAACAAUCUGGCAGCUUGAUGAAUUCUGAUAGUAUUCUGGUAGUUAUGACAGGAUUAAUGAUGAGCUGUGACAGCUAGUGAGGCUUGUUUCUGACUCCAGACAAUCUUAGCUUCUUCAUGAGUGAGGGUGGGUGGGAUCCCGGUAUUGACUACUGAUUAUGUGUAACAACUGCAGUGAUGUAGAUGUUGAGUUGGACUCUGAGGCCUUGUAACAACAGAUUAUGUAGUAAUCUUCCAUAAUGUUCUACAUUUUUUCUUCAUUUUGUAAUAACACCUGCAUCUUGUAAUUAUUUGCCAAAUUUUUACAUAAA